AUGGGAUAUGACUAUACAAUCACCUACAAAAAGGAUCAAGACAACUUAGUAGUUGAUGCUCUAUCUAGAGUACCCAAGGCUGAUGACAAGUUUGAUGCAGAACUGCUGACACUCUCUUCUAUAUCCUCAGACUUCAUAGAGCAGAUCAAAGGUUCUUAUGAAACUGACUCUCAUCUACAACAGCUCCUUCAGCAGCUCCAGCAGGAUCCUUUAGCUAAGCCCAUAUAUAUGCUAAAGGAUAGUGUGUUAUACAGGAAAGGGAAGAUAGUUGUUGGCCCUUGCAAAGAUCUAAGGAAGCAGAUUUUACAAUUCCUAUAUGAUGGGGCUACAGGAGGUCACUCAGGUAUGAUUGCUACACUGCAAAGGACCACAGUGAGUGACAGAGAUGUUGUGUUCUUGAGCAAGUUUUGGCAGUCUCUUUUUUAUGUCCAAGGGGUCCAAUUACAUCAUUCCACAAUCUAUCACCCACAGUCAGAUGGCCAAACUGAAGUUGUCAACAAGUGUUUGGAGGGUUACCUUAGAUGUAUGUGCAUAGAUAGGCUCAAGGAUUGGGCUCAUUGGCUGCCUUUAGCAGAAUGGUGGUAUAACAUCACAUAUCACUCUGCCACUAAGUUGACUCCUUUUGAGGUACUCUAUGGUCAAAAACCUCCCCUACACAUGCCUUAUAUUCCAUAUAAUUCUAUGGUGGAGGAAGUUGAUAGAAGCUUACAAGCUAGAGAAGCAACAAUCAGGCUACUAAAGCACCACCUAGCACUAGCUCAAUCUUGA